GGCCCCCGACGUCCGGCAGGAGAGGCGCUCCCGCGGCCCGUUCCCCGCGGACGAGAGCGGCGGCAGCAUGGAGGCCCUCGGGGAGAGGGCACCCUCGACGGCGCGGCCCCUGCUGCGUCUGCUGGGCGCGGAGGGGCGUUUGGCGUCCUGCGGCGGGCAGGGGGAGGCGGUUUGCUGGCCGGCCGGCAUGGGCCGCGUCUCGGGCACCGUCCUGGCGGACGAGGAGUCGGAGCGCGACAGCGUCCACACGGGCGAGUCGCACGAGGGGGCCGAGGAACUGCAGGUGGAGCUGGCCCAGCUCUCGACCGAGCAGCUGCUGGCCCUGGUGGAGGAGAACAGCCACACCAACGCCAUGUUCAAAGUUGAAACAGAAAUGUUUGAGAAAUUUUUCACUAGAUUGGAGCCAAAAGACGUGGUAGGAGAAAGACACGGUUCAUCGCUGGACUUGGGACAAACACCAUAUCCGCGGGGCAGGCGCAAGUCGAAAUCCCGAAUCACAACGGAUCGUGUGAUAUGCCUGACGGUGGAACAGAAAUGUGACCUGGUGCAGCGGGAGUUGGAAGAGACCAAGGAAGAUCUGCAGCUGAUGAAGGAGAACUCAGAAAGGAACUUGCAGAAUUACCUGGCUAUCCUAGAGGAAGCAGAUAUUCGCUUGGUUGAAAUUAAGAGAGCUAUGAUGGAGUUUGACAAAGACAUAGUCAAAACUAUAACUAAGAAGAAAGGGAGCGUCAUUGCCUCUGAUAAGGUGCUGCGAUAUAUGGAGGACCAGAUUCGUUCUAGGGAUGUUAUGAAGGAAAAAAUCCAUUUGAAAAACGAUUCUCUAAAAGUUCAGAAGAAGAAGAUGCAGAUGCAACUCAAGCAGAAGGAGGAGCUGGGAGAGGCGCUACAUGAGGUCGAUUUCCAGCAGCUCAAGAUUGAGAAUGCUCAGUUCCUAGAGAAAAUAGAUGAACGGAACCAAGAUUUACUGCAGCUGAAACUGACUGUUGGCAACACCCUGCAGAUCCUCAACUUCUACAAGAGGAAGCUGCACUAUGCAACAGCCAUGGCUACCUACCUGGUGAAAGACAUUGCGCAGAGGAAGGAGUCCCUGGAGAAAAUUGCGCGCGAGGCCGUCCUUGUGGAAGAGGAACGGGUAAAGGCUGAGACCCUGAACAAAAAACUACGGCGACAACUGGCAGAAUACAAAGUUCCUCCUGUUCUCAACUACGUUCACGAGAAGGUGGCUGUUCACGAUCUAGAAAACAGCCUCAGGAUCUGGGAGAGGAAGGUGGAAAUUGUAGAGAUGGCCUUGAAAAGCUACCGCAAUGUUUGGCACAAGGCGAAGAUGGCCAGUCACCAGCUGCAGGUGCUUCUGCCCGAACAGGAGAGACGCAAAGCAACAGAGGGCCUCUAGAGAAAUAAGGAAAAGGGGGGCAGAAGAAAACUCGCAAGCCUUCUGCUGCACCCCUCGCCUCUUCGUCCUGAUGCAGACCUUCCUCCUGAUGAUCCCCCCCCCCCACCAGACCAAGGCAGGUUUUGGAUAGGCACGAAGCCCCUGGAGGUCACCAAGAGGGAGGCUUUCUCCAUGCUGCCUCAGACCUCAAGGCUUCUGUUUCUUCCUCUGCAGAUUGGCUUUUAAAGUCUGUUCAGAAACUGAUCUGUCUGAAGCUAUGAAUAGAUCCCGAUAGACCUGCUUGACUGCAGAGCUAUGAAGUUUAUUCAAAUCACUCAGCAAUAUGAGAAUGAAUAAAAGGAGUGGUAAUGCAUCCAGA